AUCGGUGGACGCUCGCGGCGUAGAAUAAAGACGGUCGCGCGCGCCGCCGUAGCGCUCCUCGCGACGAUGUUGUUCGCCGGGCACGAACCCGCGCGCGCCAACAAUGUCGUCUCGUCGUCGCCGUCGGCGCCGCCGCGCCAGCACACGUCGCGCCCCAUCGUGACGGGCACGUCCGUCCUCGGCAUCAAGUACAAGGACGGCGUCAUGCUCGCGGCGGACACGCUCGCGUCCUACGGGUCCCUGGCCAUGUUCAAGGACGUGCAGCGCAUCUCGAAGACGGGCUCCUACACGCUCGUCGGCGCGUCGGGGGAGAUGAGCGACUACCACGCCAUCCUCCGGAAGCUCGAGGGCCUCGAGCGCGACAACCUGAACGCGAACGACGGCUUCGAGCACAGCCCCGUGGAGAUCUACAGCUACCUGCGCGCGGUCAUGUACCAGGCGCGGAACAAGUUCAACCCGCUCUGGAACUCGCUCGUCGUCGGCGGCUACAAGGACGGCAAGGCGUUCCUCGGGUCCGUCGACCUCCGGGGCACGGCGUACGAGGACGACGUCAUCGCGACGGGCUUCGGCGCGCACCUCGCGCUGCCCAUCAUGCGCGCCAAGUGGCACGCGGACAUCGACGAGGGCGAGGCGCGCGCGCUCCUCGAGGACUGCCUCCGCGUCCUCUUCUACCGCGACUGCCGCGCGCUGGACAUGGUCGUCCUGUCCAAGGCCACGGCCGACGGCACGCUCGUCUCCGACCCCUACAAGAUCGAGACCGACUGGUCCUCCGCGUCCUUCGUCGUCCCCAAGGCCGGCGAGGACGGCGACGGCGGCUGGUGACGGGCCCGCGUCCCGCGGCCGCCGCACCCCACACGCCGCGGCCCGCCUAAGCGCACUGGCAGCCC